GUAAAGCUAUAAAAACUUGUAGCUUUUUGCAGAUACUGAUUGAAGUGCAAGAUCUUACGGUAGAUUCAUAAUUUUCAUUCUCGAUAUAUAUAUGCUUGGAUGGUCCAACUGAUCUUAUCAUCUAUCUGCAUAUACAUAUAUAAAUAUCUCAAAUGUCGAUUCAUGAGGCUGAUGCUCUCAACAGUAGAGCAGCCGAAGUGGCUGACUGGUUACAUUCUGCCAUUGAUAUACCUGGCUUUCCGUUAGGUACAAUGCCACAUCAAGAGUCGACACAAGAAAUACAUUUCGGUAUUCCAUCUACACUUACCGAGCCUAUGGGAAAGGAAAUUUAUCAGAAGUUCUUUGGUCCCCGUGCGGUUUCCAUUGGUCCAAUCCACCAUGAAAAACCUCAUGUUAAACCCAUGGAAUAUUUAAAGCGGAAAGCAGUGAUGGAAUUAGCAGAAAGAGUAAAAGACGAUGUAUCCAUUGAAAAAGUGUAUGCAAGAGUAGAAGAACAAUUGCUCAAAACUCGGAAAUUUUACUCUCCUCGAUUCGAACAAACAAGUGACCCUAUGUGGUGUCUGAUGAUGUUCCUCGACGCCUGCUUUAUUAUUGAAUUCAUCUGCAACGACAAUAUAAUUACUAGUUGCAGGAGGAGCUGGUUGAAUGUGAAGAAACGUGAUAGAGAUUUGGUGCGUCAUGACCUAUUAUUGUAUGAUAAUCAACUGCCUUUCCAGGUCAUAGACGCGCUAGCACGUGCAUUUAGAUGUGAAGAGUUUACGUUGGACCUUUUAACCACAAGGUUCCUCCAAAUGCCGCUGUUAAACAUAUCUUCUGCUCCAAGUCCUACAUUUCUUGAUUAUAUCAAGGGUGUCUCUUGUCUUCAACGUCAGCAGGGGGAGGCUCAAGCUCCUGUACAUCUUCUUCAAUAUUAUAAAGACUUAUGGAUCGGUGUUUUACUUGGAGAUGAUAUAGAAGAAGAAGACAACAACAAAGAAGAAGAUCUUUGCCCACCUUUCACAGCCACAGAGUUGAAGAAAGCAGGUACUUACGAAUAUGUGUGCAGCUUACAAAAUAGAUCCCUUGGGAUCUCAUCUUACUUGAAUUUCAUGUGCAUGUUAAUCAAUGGAGAGGAAGAUUUUAAGGAGCUGCGAGCCAGAGGAAUAAUCCAGAUCAAUGGUCCUGCUGGCGAUGAUCAACUGAUUAAAUUCUUAAGAGACAUAACAGUACCUACUGAGUCCAAUCCUCAAGCUAUUAGGAAUGUCAAACGACAGAUUUCUACUUACUUCACAAGUAAACGCCUCCCUCUAGUAAUUGCCUGUGCUGAAAUGAAGCAAAGAUAUUUUAGUGGUCCUUGGAGUUUUCUUGUGUUCCUUGCUAUUAUUUUCACGGUUAGUAUGACUGUAAUUCAAACUAUCUUCACAGGCGUUCAGACUUACAAAUAGACUGAAUGCAUACCCCUAUCUACAUUUCGUUCCACUUUUUUCUUGAGCUAUUGUAUCUUCUUAAGUUGUAUUUUGAUUGUGGUUUGUAUUUGAAUAAAACAAUAACAAGGUCAUGUUCGACUGCAUAUUUGUAUAUCAUUGUACUUUUUCAUGUAUCAUCAUAUGAAUAGACACUUUUCCCUUA